GUCUUCAAUUUCUAUAAAGGCAGGUUUUAAUUAGCUGCUUGAACUCAAAAGGCUCUCAAGAGAAAGACCAAAUUGAAAAAGAGCAAAAAUGAGUGUGAAAUUAGCGUAUGGAGUCAGUUUCAGUUUGGCACUAUUGCUAGCCAUUCAGUUGGCAAUAGCAAAGGAACCUAUUGCAAAGCCUAAUUGUACAGACCAUUGCGGAGAUAUAAACAUCCCAUACCCAUUCGGAAUGAGUAAGGGUUGUUAUCUGGACGAAUGGUUUGAGAUUGAGUGCAACAAUAGUGUCUACGGGCCUCCUAGAGCUUUUAUAAGUAAAAUCAAAAUGGAGCUCCUCAAUAUUUCUGUUCGUGGCUGGGCUAUUGUCAAAGGUCCAAUAAUAUCCUUCAAUUGUUCCGGCAGUAAGGCCGAUCCGCCUGUCAAUUUGACAGGAAGUCCUUUUUCUAUUUCCCCGCGUAACAUAUUCACUGCAAUAGGUUGCAACACCCGUGCUUUAAUGACCGAUAAUCCCCUCCAACGCCUUGGGUGUGAGUCAACAUGCCAUGGCGGCCAGAACGAUGUUGAUUGGCGAGAAAUGCUUCAUAAUCUCAUAAAUGAGGUUUCCCCUAGAGAUUAUAGGAUAGAGGGCACUUGUAAUGGUACCGGUUGCUGUCAGAUUACAAAUAUUCCUUCAUCCCUUCAAGUUUUCAAUCCAAGUUUUCAGGACAUAGAUUCAGGUAAUCAAAGCGCAGAUGGUUGCAAGCUGGCAUUUCUAGAAGGAACAUAUGGAAUGAACUCCUGGAAAAAGAAGAAUCCCAAUAUCGACUUUCCGAUGCUGCUACAUUGGAUGGUUAAUUCGAGUCUAAGGGAAGAUUGGAGAGGUGUUGACUCAAAAACCUUGGAUUGCUACAACAUUUCUUAUUCUUCUUCUUUUAAUGAAGUAGAACUCCGUUGUUUUUGCAGCCAUGGGUAUCAAGGCAAUCCUUUCCUUCGAUGCACAGAUGUUGAUGAAUGCAAAGAUCCCAAGUAUGGCGGUCAUUGCAAGGGAAUAACAAGAUGUGUGAAUACUUCUGGAUCAUUUAAAUGUGUGCCUGACGCAAAAUGGAUUAUACUGUUGUGCGUAGGUGGGAUUAUUGGAGUAUUGGUAAUAGUCUUUGGUAUUCGGAGGUUGUGCAACCUUAUUAAAAGAACGAACAUCCAACUCAAAAAAAAGUUCUUUAAGAGGAAUGGUGGCUUGCUGUUACAACAACAAUUAACUUCAAGUGAUGGCAGUGUUAAGAAAACACAAAUAUUUACAUCAAAGGAGUUGGAAAAAGCCACUGAUCGUUUCAAUGAUAACAGAAUACUUGGUCAGGGAGGUCAGGGCACAGUGUACAAGGGAAUGCUAGCAGAUGGAAGAAUUGUUGCUGUCAAAAUGUCCAAAUUAGUUGAUGAGGAAAACUUACAAGAAUUUAUUAAUGAACUUGUGAUUCUUUCUCAAAUAAAUCACAGGAAUGUUGUUAAGUUGUUGGGAUGUUGCUUGGAGACCGAAGUUCCUUUGCUAGUCUAUGAAUUCAUACCUAAUGGAUCUCUUUUCCAAUAUCUCCAUGACCAAAGUGAGGAGGGUUCACUACCAUGGGAAAUGAGAACACGAAUUGCUAGUGAAAUUGCUGGGGCACUCGCAUAUUUGCACUCAGCAGCUUCUAUUCCAGUUUAUCAUCGUGACAUUAAGUCCACAAAUAUACUCUUAGAUGAGAAACACAGAGCAAAAGUAUCAGAUUUUGGAACUUCAAGAUCAAUUGCCAUUGAUCAAACUCAUUUGACAACUCACGUGCAUGGCACUUUUGGUUAUUUGGAUCCAGAGUACUUCCAGUCUAGCCAAUUUACAGAUAAGAGUGAUGUUUAUAGCUUUGGAGUGGUUCUGGUGGAGCUUUUAAGUGGACAAAAGCCAAUUUAUUCAAGUAGCUCACAAGAAACUAUGAGUUUAGCCACAAAUUUUAUUCUUUUGAUGGAAGAGAAUAGACUUUUUGAAAUUGUUGAUGCUCGCAUUACGAAGGAUUGCCAUGAAGAAGAAAUUGUUGCAGUAGCUAAUGUGGCACUAAGAUGCCUAAAUUUGAAUGGAAAGAAACGGCCUACAAUGAAAGAAGUUGCAAUAGAGUUAGAAAGGAUUCGAGCAUCACCAAGUAACAAGUUGAAUGUUCAACAAAACACUGAAGAGACUGAAAAUACUGAAGAGACUGCUGAAGUAAUUGUGUUGGAGUUGGAUGAUGUUCCUACUUCAAUUACUUGUGAUUUUAGUAGUGUUGAAGCUGUAGCAUUAGAUCUCAAACCAUUGAUUUCUAACGGGGCUUGAAGAUCAAGAAGAUUAAGAAGAUUAAACUUCUAUUGGAAGAUAUGUUUUAGUUUUUUUUUUUUUUUUAGACUGAUUUAAGCCUUUACUACUGCCUUUUUUUCCUUCUCUUAUAACAUGUAAUAAUAUUAGUUCUUGCUUUGUAGAACAUUUAAUAAUAUUAAUUACUUACAGAACCUGAUGAUCAAGAAAGCUAUGUGUGUAUUUCAAUCAAAGCA